CAGUUCCGAUGAAUUCCAAUGCGCAAACACAAGUCUGAACCAGUGCAUCAGUUCCACACUGGUUUGUAACAAAAUCAAUGAUUGUGGAGACGGCAGCGACGAAAAGAAUUGUUUUAUCGAUCACUGCAGUAAAGAAAAGCAUGCAUGCCAACAAAUUUGUACGAAUACCAAAACUGGGUUUGUGUGCAGUUGUAGACCUGGAUUUAAAUUAGUUAAUGAAACAAAGUGUCGAGAUAUUGAUGAAUGUUCAGACCACUCGACGAACGGUUGUACGCAGUUGUGUUUGAAUACUCCAGGUAAAAAUCUUCAUUUUUAUAUCCACUACCAAAAGCCACCGUUGGAAAGGAAUUUCCAGGUAGUUCAGACACAAACCACGGCAGUUUAUUGUAGAAUACUACCUACACUGGACCACCACGUUUGAGAGAUCUUUUUCAGGUAGUUCAGACACAAACCACGACAGUUUAUUGUAGAAUACUACCUACACUGGACCACCACGUUUGAGAUAUCUUUUUCAGGUAGUUCACACACAAACCACGACAGCUUGUUGUAGAAUACUACCUACACUGGACCACCACGUUUGAUAGAUCUUUUUCAGGUAGUUCUGAUACAAACCACGACAGAUUAUUGUAGAAUACGACCUACACUGGACCACCACGUUUGAUAGAUCUUUUUCAGGUAGUUCAGAUACAAACCACGACAGAUAUUGUAGAAUACUACCUAUAUACAGUGGAUAUAUUUUUCGGUAGUUCAGACACAAACCACGGCAGCUUAUUGUGGAAUACUACCUACGUUGUACGCCGUCUGAGUUCGCAGACUAAGUUUUUUUCUGUCUUACAAAUAGGUAGCUAUAAAUGUCAAUGUGGCGAAAGCUAUAAGGUGAAAAAAGACCGUCGUUCUUGCAAAUAUACUGGCGACGAUCACACGACUGCUUAUCUUUUAUUUUCCGACCGUUACGACAUUCGUGUGUUGUCUCUGGAUGGCAAGAGUUACAACACGCUUCUAUCAGAACUCAUCAAUGUUGUCGCAGUGGACUUUGACUACAAAGAGAAGCGAAUAUUUUGGUCAACGAACUCUCCUAAAGGCAUCAAAUCCGCUAAAAUGGACGGCACGGAUAUCAAGACCAUUGUCAAGUUGAGUCGAUUCAGCCCUGAUGGUAUGGCGGUAGAUUGGGUUGGCCGUAAUCUGUAUUUCUGCGAAGCUUCAGAGGCCAUUAUUUAUGUGUCAAAGUUGAAUGGAUUUAAUUUAAAACAGCUCGUUACCACCGGAUUGAAGGAACCGAGAGGGAUGGCUGUAUAUCCACAAGAAGGUAAGAAUAGAAGGGUAAUUAUGGAGAUUCUUAUCAGAAUGACAAUUAGUAUCUUAAUUAGAAAGGUAAUUACAGAUCUUAAUUAGUUGGGUAAUUAGUGAUUGCAUUAAGACUGUUAGUGAUCCUUAUCGGAAUAGUAAUUAGAAGAAUAAUUAGAAGAAUAAUUAAAAGGCUUAUUAGAUGGAUAAUUAGCUAGAGAUCUCAAUUAGAUGGUGAUUAGGGAUCUUAAGUAGAAGAGUAAUUAAGGAUCUCAAUAGAAAGGUAAUUAGGAUCUUGUUUGGAUGCGAUCUUAAUUAGAUGGGUAAUUAAUGAUUUUAAUUAGAACUUGAGAAGAACGAUCAGAGAUCUUGAUAAAAGGGGUGGUUGGAGAUUUUAAUCAGAAGAAUAAUUAGGGAUUUUAAUUAGGAGGGGGGUCAAUGAUCUUAGUCAGAAUGGUAAUUACGAGUCUUAAUAGAAAAAUGGUAAUUAUGAUCUUAAUUUAAAGUAUAAUAAAUAGAAUAAGGGAUGUUACGAAGCACAUGUAAUGUAGAUUUUGUUGGAAAGUUUGUAUAUAAAUAUCACAAACUCAGGACCGUACGCAGGAUUUUUUUACCAGGGGGCAGUAAGGCCUAUAUGCCGAAAAAAGUCCCAAAUACCCAAAGAAUAAUUAAUAAUGUCAUUCUAAAAAUCGUAAUUAUAGUUUUCUCAUGCACUAAUAUGAAGGCAUGCUUACUCUGUGUAUAUUUCUAUGUGUAUAUUUCUAUGUUUCCAGGAUACCUGUUCUUCACAGAUUGGGGAAUGCAAGCGAUAUACCGGAUGGGAAUGAAUGGGGCGAACGUCACCAGACUUAUUGAUGAGAAAGUUGUGUGGCCUAACGGAAUCACUAUCGACUAUAUUACCAAGGAACUGUUUUGGGUUGAUGCUCGUUUGGAUGUCAUCGAGUAUGCUGAUAUAAAUGGACAAAACAGAAAGAUUGUCCCUCAAACCAAAGUUUCACAUCCAUUCGCAGUCACGGUGUUUGAAGGUCAGAUGUAUUGGACUGAUUGGAUGACUAAAGCUGUUCACAGAUCUGAUAAAUGGAGUGGGAAACAUCAUAAAAUAAUAAAGAAUACCACAAACAAACCUAUGGAUAUUCAGGUGGAUAUGUUUGUUUGUUUGUUUGUUUGUUUGUUUGUUGUUUGUUUGUUUGUUUGUUUGUUUGUUUGUUUGUUUUUGUUUGUUUGUUUGUUUGUUUGUUUGUUUGUUUGUUUGUUUGUUUGUUUGUUUGUUUGUUUGUUUGUUUGUUUGUUUGUUUUGUUUGUUUGUUUUGUUUUGUUUUGUUUUGUUUUGUUUUGUUUGUUUGUUUGUUUGUUUGUUUGUUUGUUUGCUUGCUUGCUUGCUUGCUUGUUUGUCUCUCUGUCUGUCCUGUUUUUGAAUUGAAAUUCUAAGUGAUGGACUUUGUUUUUUCCAUGAAUUUUUUGAGAAAUUUGAGAAAUGUCUUUCAGGUUGUUCAUCCUCUGAGGCAGCCGACUGUUGCUCCAAAGUGUCCAACGAAGAACAACGAGGCUUGCAUGGGUCUAUGUCUUCUGACCCCAGAUGGUGGUUAUGAAUGCGCAUGUCCAGACAAUCACAAGUUAGCCAGUGACAGCAGGUCAUGCUUAUCCCAGUGUGAUACUGAGGAGUUUGCUUGUACCAAGAAUCUCAAGUGUAUUUCAAAACGGUGGCAAUGCGAUGGUGAAGAUGACUGUGGCGAUGGCAGCGAUGAACAGGGUUGCCCUGACAGAAACUGUCCUGUCGGUGAGUAUUCCAGUCCUAAAUUCAAAAUAUCGGUAUUUUUGUUGCCGAUACUAUCAGUAUUGUAUUAUAACAAAUGUAUACAAUAUAUUUUAUCCAUCCAAUUUCUUGAUGUGAACUGGCACUGCAGCCCUCGUGGAAUAAGAAAGGGAAGAUGGCCCACUUCACCACUGAUAAAUAUUAAAUACCGAAAUUUCCAAUCACGUGAUUAUACUUAAAUUAACUUGCGCACGCAAAUAACUUAUUUCGCAUAAUUAAUUUCAACUAUAAAUUAUUCCGGGAAGCAAUAAAAACUCUUAUCGCUGUGGCAAUAAGUUCCUUUAAUCAGUAUUGUAUUAUAACAAAUGUAUACAAUAUACUUUAAACUUAAAGUUGGAUUCCAGUUUGGUUGUAACACAACUCAGUGACUCGAAUGUAUUCAUAUAGAUUUAGUGGAUUAUUCCAGGUAUCGACUUUUUUUAUCUAGACAAGAAAGACGAAAUAUAUCAUUAUAGCUCGAAAGAGCAUCCUAAAAUUAGUAAAAUUGCAAAGUUUGGUUGCGAUGUUGUAAAAUACGAAAAAUAUAGCCCUGUUAAAUUAGCAAAUUUUGAGUAUUUUAGUGUGCAGAGAUGCACCACUUUCGGCUCAAACGUGGUGCAUUUUUCCGCGCGUAAUACUAAAAUACUCAAAAUUUGCUAAUUUCACAGGGCUAUAUUUUCCGUAUUUUACAACAUUUUGCAACCAAAUUUGGCACUUUUACUAAUUUAAGGAUGUUCUUUGAAGCUAUAAUGAUAUAUUUCGUCCUUGUCUGGAUCAAACGUUAGUCUAUAGCUGGAAUAAUUCAAUGAUCGGCUUCCCCCCUCCUCCUUUUCCGUAGAUAGAUGAUGUGCCCAAAUUAGGUAAAUCUAAAGCCCUGUUUAUAUUUUAUAGACAAGACAAGACAAGAUGUUAUUUGCUCCUUUCAAAUUACAAUUAUAUAUACACAAAGAAAUUAUUGUUAGCAUUAUUAUUAGUAGUAAAAUAUAUUUUGUGUUCCGUCACUAAUUGUUUCUAAUUUUUGAGAAGAUUUGAAAGGGAGCUGGCUCCUUAAAAUAACCACAGGGCUAUAUAAAUAUCAGGGAACCAAAUAAAGGACGAAAAAAUUAUGAAAAUUGACAAUAUAGUUCUAUAUCAAAUAAAUUUUAAAAGAUCGAGAAAGGAGUCCUGACUCCCGAUAACGUAUAGAAAAAGUUGGGAACUGAAUCAAUACUUUCCAAGAAAAUCGAUUCUAAGUUUAUACUUAAUUUGAGAAAUCGGCAAGUCUUUAUAUGAUUUAUGUAAAGAAUUCCAUAUUUUAGCGCCUUGCUAUCUGAUAUUGAAAAUUCCGAAAUUUGUUCUUGCUUUUGGUAGUAUAUAUGUUAAUUUUUGUUAGGUCGCUUUAGUUACAAGAACUUAAUCGCUUUAAUAUUUCCCUGCUUUCAGGUCAGUUUAGUUGUGGUAAUGGGAACUGUACGUCGAUGUUUUACGUUUGUGAUGGUGACAACGACUGUGGCGAUAUGUCUGAUGAACGAAACUGCACCAGAAUAACAUGUCCAGCUAACAAAUUCCAGUGUGACAACGACCGGUGUGUCCUUAAAGACAAGCUUUGUGACGGCGUAAGCCAGUGUUUCGAUGGCAGCGAUGAAAAAAAUUGCACACUGAGCAACGUAUGUAAUCCGGAAGAAAUACAGUGCAACACUAGCAAGUUGUGUAUGCCGCGUGCAGCUCAAUGCAACGGAAUCCAGGAGUGCCCGGAUGGUAGCGACGAGCAACCAGGGAUAUGUAAGGAUAUUACGUGUCCGAAAGGGAAAUUUCAGUGUUUGCGGAAGUGUGUUGAUCCGUCCAGAGUUUGUGAUGGAACUGUCGAUUGUCUGGAUGGGUCUGACGAAGCUAACUGUAAAUGUAUGUGGGUCAUUUUCUAACGAACCAUCUCAUCACAGAAUAAAGACACACAGAAGGUCGACUCAGCCAAAAAAGCGUAACCGUUGUCACGCCAUGUUUCGUCAUCAAAAUGCUGACGCCAUGGUCCUAGCCAGUGCGCGUAUGAGAGGCAUUCCCCCCUGGACGUCCGCCAUUUUGAAUAUUAUCAGGGGGGUGAAUGCCUCUCAUAAGCGCACUGGCUAGGACUUAGUAUUUCGAUGACAAAUUACGGUUACGCCAAAAUCAUAGGAAAAACCAAGAAGUCGGGCUUCUGUAUAGAUCUCAUAUUAGUCAGUGAGCUCCAUAUUAUCUGGAGUGAGACCUCGAGUCCCUUUCUAUUCAAUCUCCAGUGUAACCAUUGAUGUUAGCUAGUUUAGCAUUUUGUUAACAUCUUUCCUUCAUAUCUUGCAGCCUGUCCUACAGAGAAAUUUCAAUGCACAAAUAAGAAAUGUAUCCCAAUACUCUGGAAAUGUGACUAUUCCGAUGACUGUGGGGAUAGGAGUGAUGAAAUGAAUUGUACUUACCAAGAUUGCAAUUCACCCAAUUUCAGGUUUGGAGAGUCAUAUAGGAUUGCCCAUUGGACCUUCAGGAAGAACAGCUUAGAAUUAAUAGACCUAUCCUGUUAUUGGCUACUUACUCCAGUAAUUGGCUACUUAAGCGCUGGGCAAACUAGGAAACAUUGUUGUGGAAACAUUUGUGAUUCUCGAUGUUUCCUCAAAUGUCUUCCUGUUUGCCCACCCGUGGAAACAUUAUUGCAGAAAUAAAAUUUGCUUCCCGGGAAGCAAAAAUGUUUCCUAGCGAAUUCAGAAACUUUUGAAGUUUCCCUCUCUUUCUCACUAAUGUUUCCUAGAAUAGCGUUAGGUCACUUUGAGUUAUCUCAUGUCAUAACACUGGAUUAAUAAAAGAUGGCCCUUACCGGACUUCCAGGGAGAACAGUUUAGAACUGAUAGACCUAUCCGGUAUAAAUAAAGUUAGUUUAGUUCAUGUUUCCUCCUGUAGUAACACUGGGUCAAUUAUAAAUGAUCCUUACUGGAUUUCUAGGGAGAACAAUUUAGAACUGAUGGACUUGUCCAGUAUAAAUAAAGUUAGUUUAGUUUAGGUUUCCUCCUGUAGUAACACUGGAUCAAUAAGAGAUGAUCCUUACUGGACCUCUAGGGAGAACAGUUUAGGACUGAUAGACCUAUCCUAUCGGCUUUACUCCAAAUAAUAUUUCUUAGAAAGUACCUUACUUUCAAUGUUUCGCUUCUCAGAUGUAAGAAGAGCCAGCGCUGUAUUAAUGGGGCAUGGGUCUGCGACGGUUCCAAGGACUGUGAUGACGGGUCCGAUGAGGCUACAUGUAGAUCUAGUUGUACACAGGAAGAAUUCCGAUGUAACGAUGGAUAUUGUAUCCAUAAAGAAUGGCGCUGCGAUGGUUCUGCAGAUUGCAGAGAUUAUUCCGAUGAGAUGGGUAAGGAGAGUGAAGAAUAUGCAUUGGGUAUUUGUGAAAUACAAGAAAAUCCCCAUCCAUCUAAAUUUUCUGGUGUUUUGGUACUACCUAGGCUGACACAGAAAUAUGUCUUCUCUUUAGCCCUGGAAAAAAUGUUUAAUUUAUUUAUUUAUUGAAAUUGUCACCAUACAAAAAAAAUUACAUUGACGAAGACGACGCAUACAUACAUGACAAAACAAGUUAUAUGUGACAGGAGAACGGAACAGGACUUUCGUCCCACUUGAAACCUAACUCCUUACAAUAUACGCAAUAUACUAUUUGUCUUUACUCAACAAUAUAUACAUUAUACUUUUGUAUACAUUUAUAUACAUAUACACAUAUUUGGAAACGGCUAACAUGACAAAAAGAAGUUCAAGAAUGACUAUAAUUAGCCGGAACAACCAGGAGGACUGUUUGUUAAUAACUUUGUAAUGUACAAGUUAAUUAGGGUAGACUUGAAUGCAGGUAACGAGUGGUAGACUUUAAGGUAAUCUUUGUUUAAUGUUACUCGGAUCCUGAAUUUGCCUUCUUCGGAUGUUCCUCAAACUAACGAUUCCCCUUUGUUUAUUUCUUCUUUCGUGUUACAGGUUGCAAUGCAAGCAGUUGUUCAUCAAAUCAGUUGGAAUGUAAAAAUACGUUGUGUGUGAAUAAGUAUUCCAAAUGUGAUGGAAGGAAUGAUUGCGGUGAUAAUUCUGAUGAGGAUCCAAAGAUGUGUGGUAAGUUUGUUGGCCUUUCAGACGAAAGGCCUUCGUUCGAGACGUGCAUGGAAGUUCUGAAACGUGGAAUUUCUGCUUUAGUGGGCGGAUAAGUGAAAUUAUUAUAUGACUUUUCAAAAUUCAACCCUGAUUGGUUGACAAGCGGUCCGUAAAAACCCAUAUCCGGACCGUGGUUCAUAUUUUCUGUAUCUGGACUGGUGUCCCGGAUGUCGUUUAUCUGGCUGGAAAUUUUUGCUUUGCAAACAGAAUAAAUUUUUGCUUUUUAAAUUUCCAAUUGUGCUUUACAGAUAAAAAUUUCAAACAACCAAAUUGUUUUUGAUUGAGCAUGCAUGCCUACCGUAUAUUGAAUUGUUACCCAGUGAAACUGACGAUAGCCGAUUUAAGUCGCGCGAAAAGCAUAUGCUCACAGACUCAGUUCAGCCAUAUAAUAAACCGAUUAUUGACCUCGCUUGUUCGGUCUGUACUGUGAAAUAUCAGACCUCUGUUUUUUGCAUGGACCUCGCUGCUUCGUCGCUCGGUCAAUACUAAAAAACCUCGGUCUGAUAUUUCACAGUACAGACCUCAUAAUUUGUCUUGUUUUCUUUAUAUAACUCGUAUCUUGAGUUUACAAGAUGACAUUAUUAUUCGGAGUAUGUUUUUCUUAUAUCUAAUGCCUUUCCUCCAAUUUUCAGCCCAGCAUUCAUGCUCUCUUCUUCAAACUCGAUGUAAAAAUGAUUCAGUGUGCAUUCCCUCGUACAUGGUUUGCGACGGUGUUGCUGACUGCCCAGACAGGAGUGAUGAAGAUCACUGUACCAAGAAGAGAUCUUGCAAUGAGUCGGACUUUAAAUGUCUUGAUGGUUUGACAUGUGUUCCCCUCACUUCACGAUGUGACCAAAAACGUGACUGUGCUGAUGGAUCAGAUGAAGACAAAUGCAGUAAGAUAUUUUUACUGAAAGGUUUUUUGUGGAUGGAAAUUUCUAGUGAAAAUUAUGUACUUUCUAAGAUCCGUUUACAUUGGGGCACGCCGCAAACGGACGUCUUUGUAUAGUUAGGGAGGGGCUGUAUGUGUUACCUCGUUCCCACAGGGGAAUAAAUACAGCAUAACAGAGAAUCCAAGACUUUACUUUAUUAUUCCGUGUAUAGACACUACAUUUUCCAACUCAAUCUGACUUCGUAUAUCACUUAUAUUGAUUCGCAACAGUUGCGCUUUGUUAUUGUAUCUCAAAGUCUCAUGCAAAAAUAUAUCAAGUCUCAUUGUCAUGCAUUGCGCGGCAAUACGAUACUAAUCGAAAUAAUAACACAUCUAGAAUGCAUUACAUAUGGAGCCGGGCUGGUCCGGUUAACCGCGAUAUUCGUUUAAUAAAGCUCUUAUCAUGACCUUGAUAAACAUCGAAAAUGAUAUUUAAAAGUUGAAACGAUCUUUUAUGGACAGGAAAAAAUUUCAUUCCAAAAAAUUCAUUAUGGCUAGCUGGGCUGGCCUGUAUAUAUUCUCACUUGGAUUACAAACCCUAACAUUCUAAUAUUAAUUCCACCAAGUGAAGUGCAAGAAUCCAUCAUUGAAGUCCACCUUAUAACAACCCGCACACCCGAUUACUUAUAUAUACAUGAACUUACGAUUACAGCUCAACAGCUGGCCUCUGUUGCUCAGUUGGUUAUAGCUCUGCACCGGAAUCGCAGGGCCGUAGGUUCAAUUCCCACCAGAGGACCUUGUGCUGCAUUUUUCACAGUCGUUCCUGGUUAGGUCUUAAAAUGUAUAUAUUCUCACUUGGACUACAAACCCUAACAGCCCCUUAGGAUGCAUCAUAGAAAUAAUAGAUAUCUAUUAUUCUAUGGGAUACAUUCCUAACUCCAUCAAGAUUUAUGACUAGUUAUUUUGCUUAUUUAUCAGGGUGUCAACGGGUCUUGAAAAUCCUGGAAAGUCCUUGAAUUGGAAAAUAAAAAUUCUAGGACUGGAAAGUCCUUGAAAUUGCUGGAAUUAAUUUCUUUAACCUCCAGCUGUGCCAACAUUAGUGAUUUUGAUUAAAAUUACUGAAUAAAGUGAAUUAUUUGCUUGUUAAAGUCUAAGAUGCGUGCCAUUUUCAAAGAUUUUUCCCAGUUCUAUGCCCUUGAAUUUACUGAAAAAGGGCCUUGAAAGUCCUGGAAAAGUCCUUGAAUUUCAUCUUCACCAAAGGGUGGACACCCUGAUUUAUGGUUGACUAAUCUUCUAGGUGGUACAUGCGCCAGUCAAUUACUCGGUGUUUGUCAACAAAACUGUACAGACGUUAAACCUGGUCCUGGCUAUUACUGUGUCUGUCGAACUGGCUACCAAAUAUCUCCGAAAAACUCGCAUUAUUGCGACGAUGUCGAUGAAUGUGCUGUAUUUGGAACAUGUGGUCAGAAAUGUGAAAACUUCAAAGGCAGUUUCAAAUGUUCGUGUUAUGAUGGCUACCAACUGAGUUACACCAGGGGCAAUACUACUUGCAAAAUAAAAGGUGAGAUUUGGCCAAUAAUUACGGGAACCACUCAGUAUUUUAAGAAAAAAAUUAAUAAUAAAAAAAUCAAAAUGUUAUUAAAAAAAAAAAUCAAAAUAAAAAAAAAUCAAAAUGUUAUUCGGAGUUACUGUUAUUUUGUAUUUUCUUAAAAGGUGAGAGUUUCUUACAUUUGUCUUUACAGCAAAAGCCAAGCAUAUAAACGUCAAGGACGGAUCUAGCCUCAUCUGCAAAGAGGGGUGCAGGUUUUCCAUGGGGUGGUGCAUGAGGGAGCCUUACUGUCCACUCUCCUCUGCAGUCUGCAACGCUACUAUCCCAAUUCCCAACAUUACCAUUAUUUGAGAUGGCUGAAUCUGCAUGUUACCGUUCUGUUACGUUUUACAUUAUCUUUUGUUCAUAAAGUUUAUAUCGGCUUUUUAUCUCGUUAUGCGUGACUGGACAGUUGCUGUAACACUGUACAGUAAAUUUGCUUGUUAAAGUACAGUAUAUUUGAAAAUAUGGCUGUAUAACACUCUCGGCAUGCUUACAUAUUUAACCAUGAUAUUUAACCAAAGCAUUCUGAGUAUUUUCUCGUGAGCUCACAAAUCAAUUUAAUCGUUUCAAGAAAUCGACUCGCGCCAACAGCAGAAAUUCCGCUAUUCGCAAGCAGAAAAUGUAUGGUCAAGCAGAUUUUUUAAGGUGGUGCAGGACUCCAGGUGGGUGGUGGGGCGCACCCCCCCCCUGCACUUCCGUGGUAGAUCUGCCCCUGGUUGGCGGAAAAGCUAUCGUUCCAGUUUUUUUGUAGUUCAGUCUUUCUUAUCAUGUGUUUUUUUAGAUACUCCUCCUACCAUCUUCAUUCCGACACACGACGGUAUCCGAGGAUAUUCUCCGAAUGGUUACGGUGGACAUAGUGUGGUCUCGACUGACAGCGAAAUUAAAAGCGUCGACUUUUUUGUCGCAGAAAAUUCGUCCGCCGUACUUUGGCUGGACGGCAAGAAAAAAGCGAUUUACUUGGCGGCCUUUGAAGGUUAGGAAACGUCUACUUAUAAUUCCUACAGUAUGCAAUUGUCUGAAUAUAUAAUUUAUGCAGUUGUCUGAAUAUAAUUUAUGUAGUUAUCUGAAUAUAAAUUUGACUCUAUCAAAGUACCAUUCCUGAUGUAGUAACAGUGAACCAAUAAGAGAUGACUCUUACUGAACCUCUAGGGAUAUGGAGCUAUAAAGUUAGUUUAGGUUAGGCUUCCUUCUGCAUUAACACUGCAGCAAUUUCGCGUGAUCUUUACCUUUAGGGAGAAUAGUUUAGAACUGAUGGAGCUAUCCAGUAUAAAUAAAGUCAGUUUUGUUUUAGGACUCGUGCUGUAAUAACACUGGAACAUUUGACCAAUAGAGGUGACUCUUAUUGGACCUCCAGGGAGAACAGUUUAGAACUGAUAGAGCUAUUCAGUAUAAGUAAAGUUAAUUUAGUUUUUUUUCUCUUCACUAAUAAUAAUGGAUUUCCUGGGAGAACUGUUCAGACAAUUCUGACAGAGCUAUUCAGCCUAUCCAGUAUAUAAAUAAAGUUAGAUUGGUUUAGGUUUCCUCCUGUUGUAACCGUAUAGAUCGACCAUUAGUAGGGAAUGGCCCUUUCUGAACCACUGGGGAGAACAGUUUAGAACUGAUAAAGUUAUCCAGUAUAAAUAAGUUUACUUCAGUUUAGGAUAUUGCUCUGUUCUGUAGCUAAAAGGCAACGAAGACGAAGAGAUACAGGAAAGUACCAAGCAAUCGUUCAGACCACAGGAAAACCCCAAUCUUUCGCCGUGGAUUGGAUGGGAGGAAAUAUUUUCUGGAUCGAGGCAAGCUCAACAGAUAUACUACUAUACUAUACUAUAAAAGUGAAGUCGAUAUUUGGGAAGGGUCAUCGCGCUCUAAGCAGGAUUGGACCGCAUAAUCAACCAAGUAGUCUUAUACUGUAUCUUGAAAAACGGUGAGUAUAUCUUGUUGAUAUCAGGACUGUGCUUGCAUGGAGGUAUUUCUUUAAUAGUUAAACACCUGUGGAGAAGGCAGCCUUUACAUGGUGCCCCGAAAAAUUGCGAUAGCUACUGUAGACACGUAAAAACGCACAAGUUGUUACAGGUCUGCAAGCACGUUGUUGCAAAUAUGUUCACAAGUUGUCGACAAGAUGUGUUCGCACUGCUUGUCCCAAGUUGUUGUAACAAGUUUGGAACAAUCUAUUAACAGCUUGUAGCAAGCUUGAUGGCAUUAUCAGACUUGUUACAAGGUUGUUCUGACAAGUCUGAUACAGUCAUGAUAUUUCAAGAAUGUUACAAGGUUGACGACACAAGGUUGUAACAAUAUUGUUAUAUCAUGACUGUAUCGGACUUGUUGGAACAACCUUGCUACAAGUCUGAUAAUAUCAACAAGUUUUUGAAACAAGCUGUUAACAACUUGUAGCAAGCUUGGUGGCAUUAUCAGACAUGCUACAAGGUUGUUCUAACAAGUUUGUUACAGUCAUGAUAUAACAAGAAUGUUACAAAGUUGACGACACAAGGUUGUAACAAUAUUGUUAUAUCAUGACUGUAUCGAACUUGUUGGAACAAACUUGAAACAAGUCUGAUAAUAUCAAUAAGGUUGUUACAAAACUGUUAACUAGUUAUAAGUUCUUUGAAUGUUUGCAUGGCGAUAAAAUAUAAUUGUUUUUGUUUGUGGAAACACCACGUAAAUUUAUUACUGCAAAGCUUUCGAUCCGUAAGCCCGGAUCUUCAUCAGUGCUAAUAAUAUGUAAGAUCCGGGCUUACGGAUCGAAAGCUUUGCAGUAAUAAAUUUACGCGGUGUUUCCACAAACAAAAACAAUUGUUAACUAGUUGUUCCAUAUUUUGUGACAAUUUGGGACAAGCAGUGCGAAUACAAUUUGUUGACGGCUUGUUGGUAGACUUGCUAUACAAGAUGUGAGAUUUUUGCUUGUGUAUGUUACAGAUUUUUACACAGUUUUUUAUUAGUAGGCAUAAAAAAUUUAAUCUCGGAGAUGAAUUUUGACGUUAAGAUUAUUAAAAUGAUUACCCUUUUCCUUGUAGUAAAAUGUUUUGGUGUGAAGUUGGCCUUGUCCCGAAGAUCGAAGUUGCCAACUUAAACGGAACGGGUCGUAAAGUUCUUGUCAAGUCGAAACUAUUGUGGCCUACCAGUCUAGCAAUAGACACUCUCACAGACCGCCUGUACUGGUGUGACAUGAAAGAAAGCGAAGUGGAAACGGUCUUCACCAACGGAACAGACAGACGAGUGGUUCUCACAUCAGCUCAACUCAAAGGAGAGUUUUCUGAACCGUAUUCUAUUGACGUCUUUGAGGAUUAUCUCUAUAUCAUAACGAAAAAAGGUGUGGCGUUUAAAUGGAAUAAAUUUGGUCAUGGUCAUCCGAUCAAGUUAGUCAACACUAGACCCGAAGCGAGGAUCAAGGUUUACCAUAAAGCGCGACAGAGUCAGUCCAAAGGUAAGUUAGAGAUACUGUAACCGCUCUCCCUGGGAAUACAAUCUGGAGAUAAAAAUUUCCUUCAGACUGAGUAUUUUUGUACUAAAUCUGCGCCUAAACUAGCCCCUUCCGCAAGGCAUCACCUUUAGAUUGGCUGCCAGAAUUUGGGUGCCAGGAAAAAAUUCUAAACCCAGGGGGCUAUCCAUUCAUACCUGCCCUCCCCCCCCCCUGCACCCGCCCCCACCCAAAAAAAUCCAUUUAUGAAUAUUAAAACGAUGUUUCAUCUUCUUCAGGUACUCAAUGUAAAUCAGACUCGUGUAGUCAUAUAUGUCUGCCCAGUGAUGCCGGUCCCGUAUGUUUAUGUCCUAAUGGUCAAGUCGAUAAAAAAAUAUGUGAAGGUACGUCUUGUAGCAAUACAUGUUUAUUAACUUUGCGAUCUUUUGAACAUACAUGUUAUAUAGACACAUUAUAUAUCUUGAGGGCGCCCAUAGAGACUACAUGCCUCCGCCAAUAGAAAUUAAGCAUUCAUACAUCAAUUAUACAUUCACUGAUUACGAGUUCUUUUCGAAGCGGAUGACAGACACACAUUAACACAUAACACAUAUAUAGAAUGCUUUUUUGAAUGAAAGUUUGACAGAGACAUCGUUGUUCUUUUUAUUUUGCAGUUGAUUAUUGUGUUGGUUAUUGUGUCCGAGGAAAAUGUGAAAUAAUUGAUGGAAAGCCGUUCUGUCAGUAAGUUGACAUUCAGUUGUUUUUAAAAAUUAAGUCGUUCUCACGUGAUUAUAGAGGUUCAGAUUUGAGUUUCUCUCACUGGCUUAGUACGCAUCUGAUUGGUUAAUCGAAUAUAUGAAACGCAUCUGAUUGGUUAAUCGAAUAUAUCAAACGCAUCUGAUUGGUUAAUCGAGUAUAUCAAACGCAUCUGAUUGGUUAAUCGAAUAUAUCAAACGCAUCUGAUUGGUUAAUCGGAUAUAUCAAACGCAUCUGAUUGGUUCAUGGUCCCUUGAUGGUAGCGGUAGUGGAAGUCAAGUCUGAACCUUUAUAUUAUAUCGGGUUUGUUUAUCUGGCUAUGCUGAUAUAAAUACACCAGAUGUGAAAGUCUAGUGUAUGUAGGUAUAGUAUUCUACAAUAAGCUGUCGUGGUUUGUAUUUGAACUACCUGAAGAAGAUAUCUCAAACGUAGUGGUUCAGUGUAGGUAGUUUUCUACAAUAGGCUGCCGUGAUUUGUAUCUGAACUACCUGAAGAAGAUAUCUCAAACGUGGUGGUGCAGUGUAGGUGUCCAGUGUAGGUAGUAUUCUACAAUAAGCUGCCGUGAUUUGUGUCUGAACUACCUGAAGAAGAUAUCUCAAACGUGGUGGUCCAGUGUUUGUGUCUGAACUACCUGAAAAAGAUAUCUGAAACGUGGUGGUCCAGUGUAGGUAUAGUAUUCUACAAUAAGCUGUCGUGGUUUGUAUUUGAACUACCUGAAAAAGAUAUCUCAAUCGUAGUGGUCCAGCUUGUAGGUAGUUUUCUACAAUAAGCUGCCGUGGUUUGUGUCUGAACUACCUGAAAAAGAUAUCUCAAACGUGGUGGUCCAGUGUAGGUAGUAUUCUACAAUAAGCUGCCGUGGUUUGUGUCUGAACUACCUGAAAAAGAUAUCUCAAACGUGGUGGUCCAGUGUAGGUAGUAUCCUACAAUAAGCUGUCGUGGUUUGUAUCUGAAUGAAGCAAUUCUAUAGCCCUCACUGGAUCUUUAGGGAGAACAGUUUAAAAUGGAUAUAGCUAUCCAGUAUCUAUAAAGUUAGCUUAGUUUGAAUUUGUCUUCGUGUUGAUUUCAUUCUGUGUUAAUACUAGUUUCGCUUUCCUUAUAGAUGCCCUGAUGAUACAACGGGCGACAAAUGUGAACACACAUGCGCAGACCACAAAUGUGAUAAUAAUGGCACGUGCGUUGUGCGUGAUGGCACACUUCAGUGCAGGUAAGUAGCCACUGCUCCCAAACGUUUAACUAGAUGGAACUUGGUAUUGAAUCAGUUAGAAAUAUGGACAUUUAUAAGAUAUCAUUUAUAAAACAUAUAAAAUAUAUCUCAAACGUGAUGGACCAGUGUAGGUAGUAUCCUACAAUAAGCUGUCGUGGUUUGUAUCUGAAUGAAGCAAUUCUAUAGCCCUCACUGGAUCUUUAGGGAGAACAGUUUAAAAUGGAUAUAGCUAUCCAGUAUCUAUAAAGUUAGCUUAGUUUGAAUUUGUCUUCGUGUUGAUUUCAUUCUGUGUUAAUACUAGUUUCGCUUUCCUUAUAGAUGCCCUGAUGAUACAACGGGCGACAAAUGUGAACACACAUGCGCAGACCACAAAUGUGAUAAUAAUGGCACGUGCGUUGUGCGUGAUGGCACACUUCAGUGCAGGUAAGUAGCCACUGCUCCCAAACGUUUAACUAGAUGGAACUUGGUAUUGAAUCAGUUAGAAAUAUGGACAUUUAUAAGAUAUCAUUUAUAAAACAUAUAAAAUAUAUCUCAAACGUGAUGGACCAGUGUAGGCAGUAUCCUACAAUAGGCUGUCGUGCAUGUUUUGUAUCUGAAUGAAGCAAUUUUAUAGCCCUCACUGGAUCUUUAGGGAGAACAGUUUAGAAUGGAUUUAGCUAUCCAGUAUCUAUAUAAAGUUAGUUUAGUUUGAAUUUGUCUUCGUGUUGAUUUCAUUCUGUGUUAAUACUGGUUUCGCUUUCCUUAUAGUUGCCCUGGUGGUACAGCGGGCAAGAUAUGUGAACACACAUGCGCAGACCACAAAUGUGGUAAUAAUGGCACGUGCGUUGUGCGUGAUGACACACUUCAGUGCAGGUAAGUAGCCACUGCUAGCAAACGUUUAACUGGAUGGAACUUCGUAUUGAACCAGUUAGAAAUAUGGACAUUUAUAAGAGCAGUACAUUAUAAAUACUUGCCCACCAAAUACUGCUACAUAUGAAAUGAAUUUGUAAACAUUUGACCUUCCUUGAAGAAUACCCUUUUAACUUGUCCUCAACGAAACCACUUGCACUUUUUAGAAUCAACAUGAUAUAUUCCUUGUAAAACCAAACAUCAACUAUAUUUCAUGAAAACAAAGCAAUAUUGAAAACAUUUUUUUUUCUUUGCAAUAGAUGCCAGGAUAACAAGAUCCGCCCAGACUGUUUAAAUGCGCAAGCAAGAUCAGGCAAUUCUGAUAAAAGUAAGCAUUCUUAUCAUUUCUACGAGGAAUAAUUGAUUUAGAAUUACGAAACCAAACUAAUUUUAUUUAUAUUGGAUAGCUCUAUUUGACCACCGACUCCCCAUGAAUUCUCUUUCCUUUACAAUAUAAAAUCUAUACCACGAAUGACCUAUAAUUAAGUCUUGCAAAAGUUUGAAACUAUACCGAAAGAUAUUCGAGUGUAUAUUUCCGUUGAAAUAUAGGGCAAUACAAGUGUUUGACAAAACUUUGCAUACGAAAUGCGAUCGGCAUUUGAACUCUAUGGCAAUAUAAGUAUUUCGCAACUUGGAAAAAGGAAAUACGAUGUCUUAAUUAUAAAUUUUAAAGUUGUAACUGCUUUGACAAGCCGGUCAGCUAUAAUCAGUUCAAAAGCUUGCGUAAACGUAUCUGGGAGGUAGACGGUUGUCGGCGAUUGGUAUAGGAUCGGUAAGCGAUAUGGACGGUAAGUAACUGGCUGUCUAUUAGGUUUUACUAAGACUUCGGUUAUAAUAUGUUCUUGCAUCUUUGAUUUAUAUGACUGAGUGGAUAUUUUCUUGUUAUUGACAUGUUAUAAUGUCCAGAUCAAACAAGCGUUGAAGACUAGGUUUGUCAUAUUGUAUUUGGCAAUUUCAUCAUCCUUAUAAUUGCUAGUGAUCAAACGAGAACAAGAUUUGCAUGAGAGUUUGGCAAGCGAGAAUUUGUACGAGAGUCUCCUCAACUGUCAUUACUUGGUGAAAUUGAGGAUCAAAUGAGAACAAGAGUUGCAUGAGAGCUGACAGGCGAGGGUUUACAUGAGAGUUUUUCAUUGCUUGACCAAACGAGAACAAGAGUUGCAUAGAUAAGCUACACCAGGUUACUGUACAGUAGUUUAUUGGUACAGUUUAUUGGAAACAUAAGAAUAAAGUAUACCAUGCAGUUUACCGCAUACUUUUGUAGCUACAAGUAUGGCGGUGUUCGGCAUGUACUGCAUAAUCACGGCUGUACAUGCAGCAUAUGAUUGGAGGGACUAUGUUUGCGCUAGAGGUGCUGUAGUUUCAUGAGUGAUAUCUCAGUUUUACUUGGAGGGAUAAGAGGUCGUCAAAUUUAGUAUGUUCGCAACUAAGGAGGGAGGGGAAUUCAGACUUUUGCAGUUUGACAAAUGAGAGUUUACGCGAGAGUUUCCUCAACUUCUUUACUUGAUUAUAAAUAACAACAUGAGUUGCUUCGGAUUCGGCAAGCAAGAGUUUUGUCAACUUUUAUUGCCUGAAUAAAUGAAAAUAAAAGUUGCAUGGAGACAUGCAAACGAUGGUUCGCAUGCGAGUUUCACACUAGUCUCGUUAGAUGCAAUUGCUCAAUGAAACGAGAACAAGAAUUUCACGAGAACUGAAUGUAGCAAUGAUCGAAAGUUUAAUGCAUUAGAGUUUAGUAUUUACCUCCUAGACUAUAUUCACACGAGAGCGGACGAAUUUGGAACCCUGCCCAAAUUUCUCUGGUUCCAUUUAUUCACACGGAAACCCCUACGGUUAGGUGUGCUCGAAUUCAUGCGACAUCAUGUAAAUGUGAAAGGCGAAAUCGUAAAUUUGAGCAGGGUUUCGAUUUGGAGAGCGCGAGAUGACACUAUAUACAUUUCCUCAAUUCAUCUUCUUUGACAGAAUGAGAACAAACGUUGCAAAAAUAUAUCUUCAAUUUUGUCCAAGACCAGCUCACUAACAUGCUUUAUUUAAUUUGCAGAAAAACUUUUGGAGAUCGUAAUCCCUUGUGCGUUUGGGCUGUUGAUUAUCAUCGCUAUUGUGUCAAUUCUCUGCUGUAGAUGGCGUGGAUCGUAAGUAGAAAAUCAAUUGUAGUAACAAUAGAUUGUGCGUGAACAAGCUUGUAUAAAACCACGCACACAGCCAGGGCGCUUGUACUGUAUAAGCGCCCUUGUACUGCAUAAGCGCCCAGGCUAUUCAAGUGAGAUUGAAUUAAACUGAUUACGCACAUAACCUAAAGGGGGUAGGAGAAAUUUUCCUUGCAAGAUUUGUUUAGGUUCGGAGCUUACUAUGCAGGAAUUUUUUUCUAUAUAUAUUUUUUCUAGAAUUUUUUUUCUUUCCCCAAAUUGUUUGCAUGAUUUUUUUUCUUUCAAACUCCGCUCUUUGCAUGAUUUGUUCUCGCGGGGUCUGUCACCCUCCUCCCCAGGAUAUCUAAAGGUCCAUCCCUUAGAUCCAGAGUUAUUCAGCAGUUAACUGAACCUUAAUAUUGUACAGAAACCCUCCAGAGAAACAGUUGGGGGACUUAUUUAUAGGGAAAAAGUGGAGGGUGGCAAUCUUCCUUCUGAGUUCUGUCCUGCAGCUUCGGUGUCAUUGCAAGUUGUAGCAAUUCUCUCGUGCCUAUUACAAUUACCUCAUGUUUGUUUAGACCCUCGAUGAAGUUCUCUGCGUUCUACGGUUCACGUAAAGCGUCGUUCACGUACACUGGGAUGUUUGGAGAUGACGAGGAGGAAGACUAUGCUGAUGCUGGAAGUCGACAGUUUGUCAUUAAUGAUAAUGAGGUA